UGCUACCACAAACACAACAUAUGGGGACUGACCCUCCCACCGUCCUCUUUCCUUCAACUACCUUCAUCGAAGCCGGUUCGUUGUGCAGAUCGUGUCAAAAUAGUAUCGUAUCUCUCGCAUGGUGGUACUUUUUUCUCCACUAGCUGACCCUCAACUAUGGAGUUAGACUUCCUCCCUAUCCCGUUGACAUGGGUUCUACUGGCCGCACUUUCUGUGCUAUUUUACCUGUAUUGCAUGAGGCCCAUGAAUAUGCUCAAGAAGAUGGGAAUCCCCCACCCCAAACCAUUGCCAGUCAUAGGAAACAUGCAUCAGACUAUGAAAACUGGAGUAUGGAACCCUGACGCACAGGUGGAAAGGAUCAACAAGUUUGGUGCAGUAUAUGGAUCCUACAUGGGGAGGACCGUAUACAUCACUAUCUCUGACCCAGAAAUGUUACGAGAAGUCUUCGUCAAGCAGUUUCAUAAGUUUACCAAUCGCGCACCGGAUGGUCAGUCCCUGAACAUCAAGCCGUCGUGCCGCAUGAUGACCCAGCUGGUGGACGAGGACUGGAAGAACGUACGGAGCACCCUCAGUCCAGCCUUCAGUGGCGGCAAGCUGAAACAUAUGUCAGAAGCAAUGAACACCUGUGCUGACGUGCUGCUCAAAAACCUUGGCAAGUUUGCUGAGAAGGGAGAAUCUUUUGACUCUAAGGACCUGACGAGCGGAUUCACCACAGACGUCAUUGCUCGCACGGCGUUUGGUUUGGAGGUUGAUUCACAGGGGAACCCCGAGGAUCCAUUUGUGGUGUACACGAGGAAGCCUUUUGCUGUUGCCUUUAGGAACCCAUUGUUCUGGCUCUUCUUCCUGUUUCCCAAGAUCAUGAAACCCAUUCUGGAGUUCUUUGAGUACAGUUUCUUGGACAAAGAUGUUUCUAGCUUCUUCUACAAUGUAGUUGACCAGGUGAUGGGAAUGAGGCAGACAGAAGACAAAGCACAUAGACAUGUGGACUUUAUGCAGCUGAUGAUGAAUGCUCACAAGGAAGAUGAUGACGAUGACAACAAGGAAGAAGGCACUCAAGUGCAAGGAACUAAACAACCUCUCACCAGGGACGAUAUUGUGGCAAAUGGUUUCCUUUUCUUCAUUGCGGGUUACGAGACAACGGCAACGACGAUGGGGUUCCUGUUGUACAACCUGGCCCUACAUCAGGAGGCACAGGACAAGGCUAGGGAGGAGAUCAACCAAGUCAUGGAGGGCCGGGAACUGGUGGACUACGAGGCUGUCAACAAGAUGUCGUACCUGGAAAUGUGUAUCCAUGAGACUCUCCGCAUGUACUCUCCAGCCUCUGGUGUUGUCCGUGUUGUUGGUGACGAGGUGAAGAUGAAGUGGUUGACUCUCAAGAAGGGGAUGAAUGUCAUGAUUCCUAUUCUCGGAAUCCACAAUGACCCAAAACGCUGGCCCGAGCCAAAAAAGUUCAUUCCAGAAAGGUUCACUAAGGAAGAAAGAGAGAAGAGGGAUCAGUACGACUGGCUGCCGUUCGGGGCGGGGCCGAGGAACUGCAUCGGGAUGAGGCUGGCUCUGAUGGAGCUGAAGGUGGGCGUGGCCAGGGUGCUGAGGAAGUACCGCAUCGUGCCCGGACCUGACACCGACAUUCCAUUGAAGAUCAUGAAGUGGAAGCAGUUCCCCACCCCUGAGAAUGGGAUUAAGCUGAGGGUGGAGCUCCUGUAGACUGACAGGGACUCAAACCCUAUGUUUACCAAAAAGCAGUUGGAUAUGAUUUUUGAAACAGUCAGCAGAUCAGACAAGCAACUGGAUAUGAUUUUGGAAACGGUCAGCCAUUUCAGACAGCAUCCACUGUCUUUUGUCAGUGACACUGGGGAAGGCUGGUUGAAGAGCACUCCUGGUUUUUAUAUCUAUGAAUUGGUAUUCAAAGGAGAUUUAAACAAUUUUGGAAAGUCCAAUAGAAGGCAAAAGAAAGACAAAGUUAAGACAAGGUUGAUGCAAAUGAGUCAAUUAGCUCCUGUUGUUUGAACAUUUCCAAAAUCAUAUCCAGUUGUUUGUGAAUGUCAGAGUAACUGAUUUUUGGCAUCUCUUAUCACCUGGAUGUGUAACUUUUGACUGAACCCUUUUGGGUAAAGAACGGACACAACUUUUAGAAGUUGAAAUUUUUCACAGACAGUACCGUGACAAUCAUGUACUAACAAGUGAACAUGUGAGCAAGUGGGUGAGUUAGUGUGUGAGCAUUUGAGUGAGUCACUAAGUGUGAGCGAGAGUCAGUGAAUCAGUGAGUGAGUGAACGAGUCAAGUCA